AAAUUCAUGUCAAAAUUUUGAGGUUAUACCGACAGCCGCUACGAAGUGCCGAAGAAUUUCGUCGUAUUUCAAUAAAAAUAAUAAUCGUAGUUGUUUGUUAAACAUAAUUUAUUAAUAUGGAUGAUUUAUUAAAAUCUUUAGAUGAUAUGGGUUAUACAGGGGAAUUACUUGAUGCAACGUUAUUAGAAAAAGCUUUAAACGAUGGCCCUAAAAGCAUUGAAUAUACUAAAUUAAUAGAAGAAAUAACAAGUAGCUUAAGAGAUUUGUGUAAGAUUGAUGAACAAGUCAACGCUAUAUCAAGUCCUGAGGAUUCUGCAGCUUUUUUAAUGGAAUUAAGUUCAUUUUUAAAGGAGUUGGGGUGUCCCUAUGAAAGUCUUACCCAUGGACAUAUCACAGAUCGCUUGUCUAAUGUAAAUGAAUGUAAAAUUCUGUUGGAGUACCUCAUUACAGAAUUAAUGGCUGCCAGAAUUAUUGCAGAUAAUAAACCUGAUGAAACAAUAUCAUUAAAAAUUAAAGAGAGUACUGAAGCUUUGAACUUGAAAAAGAUCAUGCUACGUUUAGGUCUACCUAAACCACCUGCAAAUUUAAAAAUUUCCAAUAUGUUUAUUAGAAUUACGCAAAUUAUUGAGACAGCAAUUAAGAAAAAUGGUGCGGAUUUUAUUGGUAAACCUAUAUUUAAUUUACCCUUAAGUGAUAAACAAUGGCAUGUAUUAGAACAAGUGCAGAAAGAUCUUCAUGUGGAAUAUACAAUUCGAAGGCAAAUGUUACUCAAGAGAUUAGAUUGUACUGUACAAUCAUUUCAGUGGUCUGAUAAAAUGAAAGGUAGAGAAGAUCAAAUUACAAAGACUUUUAAUGAAACUCGAAAGCAAUUAAAAAUAGAACCUGAUGUGCACAUUUCUGAUUUGUUAAGUGCCCGAGAAGAUCUUGCCAUAAUAGAAAAAACUAGUAACGCCUCCGUCAGAAAACACACAAAAUCAUCAAUAAAUAAAGUAAUCAUUGGUCAAGUACCAGAUAGAGGUGGUAGAACGAAUGAAUUAGCUCCACCACCACCAGAAAUGCCAUCUUGGCAACAACGUACACCUGGUCCAAGUGGCGGCGCUCCAAGAGGUGGUAGAGGUGGUGGAGGACGUGGAAGAGAUCAGCAUCAUGGAGGAAUGCAAAGUAAUGAUUAUAAUCGUGGCGGUGGAAAUGAUUAUAGUAGUCAAAGAGGUGAUUAUAAUAACCAAAGAGGUGGUGAUUAUAAUCGUGGAGGUAGAAGUGAUUACAAUAAUCAAAGAGGAGGUAAUUAUAAUCAAGGUCAUAAUUACAAUCAAGGAAAUUAUCAAUCUCAAUCAAGUUAUGAUAAUAGACCGCCAAGUAGUAGUAGUUAUACUAGUUUUGAUAGCGCUGGAAGCUAUGGCGUUUAUCAAGAUUCAAAGCGACCGAAAACUUAUGAUAACUUCCAAACUCAAAAACAGGGUUAUGCAGAUCAAUAUGUCCAGGAAAGUCAACAAAAUCAGCAGUAUCAUCGUGGAGGUGGUAGAGGAGGAAGAGGUGGGCGCGGAAGAUCUAAUUACAAUCGAGGUGGAUACUAAAAGGCUGAUGUUAAAUAUGGUGAAAAUGGCACCUGAAACUUAUAUAUUUUUUUUUGAUACAAUUAAUUUUUUUGCAUAACAUUAUUACAACGCUUAUUUGUUUGUGUUUAUUGAUUUAAUAUGUGUAUGCAAGUUAUUUAACGUGAUAUUAAUAAUUCAUUAAAUUCUGUAAUUGAUUACAAUAAAAAUACUUUAUUUGAAAGAAAUAACUUA